AUGAAAAGGGAAGGUCGUCAACACGGGUUUGUUCGGACGUGGAUGAUUCUUCAGGCGAAAUUUAACUCACGACUUGCAAACCAAUAUGUGAACCAGUUGCAUUCGCCACCAGCUUUUGGAGUCUUUACCAAAGUGUCAUCAAAACCGACUAACCAUUCAAAAUUCACAGGAAAAUGUGAAAAAAUCAAGUUCAGUAAUUGCCACAUGUCGCCGGCUACCAAAUCGGCGGACAAAUCUAAAGGUCGACAUAGACUAAAAGCAACCAUUUGGUUGGCUGAGGAUAAGCUUGACGGGUUCGUAAGGUUGGACUCCUUCUCUGCUAGAAGUAUUGUGCAUCAAUUAUGUGGUGAAGAUCAUGAGGGUCAUGUGUAUGAUCAUGUUAAAGAAAAUUGA